UCCCCCGCCCCCACCGAAGCGGCAAUGCUAGUAUUAUUGUCACAUUUAGUCAGCGCGGAGUCAUUUUACAGACUUUAGACAACUCGCUGCAGGUUGGGAACAUUUCCUGUGGUUUGUGUAUAAAAAUGGAAGUACCCACGCCGCCCGAAGAUCAAGAACUGCGGAACGUGAUCGACAAGCUGGCUCAGUUUGUCGCUCGGAACGGACCCGACUUUGAAAACAUGACGAUGGAAAAACAGAAGGACAACCCCAAGUUCUCCUUCCUCUUCGGAGGAGACUUCUUCAGCUACUACAAGUGCAAGCUGGCUUUGGCGAAGCAGCAGCAUCCCUCUACCCACGAUGGGGAGGAAUAUAAAUCUGAAGAGCUCUACAACCCAGGCGCCUCCGACAUGCUGGACAUCCCUCCCCCGCCCACGGCUAGGAUGGCACCGCCUCCCAAACCUAAAUCCUCCGCCUCCACGCCCGCCUUGGAUGACAUCAUCCAGCAGAGUCAAUGGAACCUGCAGCAUCAGGAGCAGCACCUGCACAAGCUCAGACAGGAACAAGUCAGCGCCGCCAUAGCCUCGGCCGCCGAGCAGCAGAUCCAAAAGCUGGUGUUGGACACUCAGCUGGACAUCACCGAGUUCGACAACCUGCUGCAGCCCAUUAUCGACACCUGCACUAAAGACGCCAUUUCUGCUGGUAAGAACUGGAUGUUCAACAACGCCAAGACUCCGCAGCACUGUGAGCUGAUGACAUCGCAUCUUCGCAACCGCAUCACGGCUGAAGGAGUGCACUUCGAGCUCCGCCUGCAUCUCAUCUACUUGACCAACGACGUUCUCCAUCACUGCCAGCGCAAACAGCAGAAGGAUUUGCUGGCAGCUCUGCAGAAAGUUGUGGUUCCGAUCUACUGCACCAGCUUCCUGGCCGCGGAGGAGGAGAAGCAGCAAAAGAUCACCAGGUUGUUGCAGCUUUGGGAGAAGAACGGCUACUUCGACGACGAGACCAUUCAGCAACUCCAGAACCCGGCGCUGGGCCUGGGCCAGUACCAGGCCUCGCUGAUAACGGACCACGCCAGCGUGGUGCAGCCCAUCCAGCUGGCCUUCCAGCAGCAGAUCCAAGCCCUGAAGAGCCAGCACGAAGACUUUGUGACGACGCUGACACUGAAGCCCACCCCACCUCCGGCCCCGCCCACUGACCCCGAAAAGGCGCCGCCCGUGACCGCACCAGCUGCAGACGACAAGUCCCCCAGGUCAGGUCGGUCUCCAGGAGACUUUGACGAAGCUCCAGCCAAACCUCAGGACCCCAGCAUACCCUCAUCACUGCCCCCCAAGCCUGCGUGGUACGACGCCCAGCAGAUGGGCCCGUGGAACCCAAACCAGCCGCCACCCUUCGACCCCAACCAGCCCCCCCCUCCGUGUCCGCCCUGGAACAGCCACGAAGGGAUGUGGAGCGAUCAGAGGGAGCCGGGCAGCUGGAGCGGCGGUCCGCCCAGAGAGGGGGGGCCCUGGAGCGGGCCUGACCCGGGUCCACCUUCUUGGAACUCGUACGACCAGCCGCCUCCGUGGGGGAACCAGCCCGAUCAGCCACCGUGGGGCCAGCGGGAGCCACCUUUCCCCCCCCGCAUGCAGAGGCCGCCUCACUUCAGGGGUCCCUUCCCCCCCCACCAGCAGCCGCCUCCCUUCGACCAGCCGCCGCCGCCGCCGCCGCACUCCUUCGGGCGCUUCCCGUCGCGCUUCUUGCAGGACGACUUCCCGCCCAGGCAUCACUACGACCGGCCGCCGUACACGCCACACCGCUUCGACUACGCCCAAGGAGACUUCCCCAGAGACAUGCCGGGCCCGCCCCCGCCCCACCACGCAAACCAGAGACUCCCUCCCGCCGCCAUGGGGGGUGAUCACCCGCCCUGGGGGGGCGCCCAGCACCCGGAGUUCGGGCCGCCGCCCCACGGCUUCAACGGCCACUCGCCGCACGUACGCCACCGGCAGCCGGCCAUCCCGGACGACCCAAGCCUCGUGCCCAACGUUCCCUAUUUUGACCUUCCGGCGGGUCUGAUGGCGCCGCUGGUCAAACUGGAGGACACAGACUACAAGGCUCUGGAACCUAAAGACAUCCGCCUGCCGCCGCCCAUGCCUCCCAGCGACCGCCUGCUCGCCGCCGUGGAAGCCUUCUACAGCCCGCCGUCCCACAACCGGCCCCGCAACAGCGAAGGGUGGGAGCAGAACGGCCUUUACGAGUUCUUCCGGGCCAAGAUGAGGGCGCGCAGGAAAAAAGGCCAAGAGGCUCGCAACAGUGGGCUAGGCGCCAGUCGCUCCAGGAGCCGCUCGGGCAGCCGAGGCAGGUCCUCCUCCCACUCCAGCUCGCGCUCUUCCAAGUCCAGGUCCAGGUCGCGGUCCCGCAGUCGCUCGCAGUCCCGCAGUCGCUCACGCUCGUACUCGCGAUCCAGGUCCAGGAGUCGGUCCAGGUCUUCGAGGAGUCGCUCUCGCUCCAGGUCGCGUUCACGCUCGCCCACUAGGAGACGUCACGGCCACAAGUCCCGCAGCGCCUCCCCCCCCUCCACCUCGGCAGCGGGCGGCACCCCCACCAAAGUGCCGCCAGACUCCCGCCUGGGCGAGGAGAACAAAGGCCAUCAGCUGCUCAUGAAGAUGGGCUGGAGCGGAUCAGGGGGUCUGGGCGCCAAAGAGCAGGGCAUCCAGGACCCCAUCAAAGGGGGCGACAUUCGGGACAAGUGGGACCAGUAUAAGGGAGUGGGCGUGUCCCUGGAUGAUCCCUACGAGAACUAUCGCAGGAACAAGAGCUUCAACUUUGUGGCCCGCAUGAAGGCGCGGGAGGAAGUGAACAGAGAACCUCAGGAGGCCCCGCCCACAGAGUGAUGUCAUCAAAGAUUGUUAAUUGUAGGGAUGGAUGUUGGUGGUUUGCUUUUUUAUUUUAAAUCCGCAAACCACAUCUCUUUAACAUAUUGUCUGGUAUGAAACAAAUACUUUUUUUUCAUAUUGUUUCUGGCAUUUAGUUUCAGUGUUAGUCAUGAAGUGAUUUCAAGCCAAAUAAACUGAAGUCACACUCACAAA